AUGGUUCGCCGCUCUUCCAACGUCAUAAAGGGGGUUGCCAGAGAUGAUUCGGAUGAUGAACUAGGCGUUGAUGACUACCCCUGGGAAUGGAUUUACCGGGAAUCCGAAUCAUCUGUAUCGCCUACUAAGAGGAAAAGAAAUGCCCAUCAUAGCAUCGUGGGCGCCCGCAUGGGUGCCUUUGAAUGUUACGUUGGUGACUGUGUUCUCUUGAAGGCCGAAGGCUCCAAUGAGGCCUGGGUUGCUAUAGUUGCCGAAUUUCGCGAGGCUGAUGAGAAUGGAGACAAGGCUGCUAAUUUCCUGUGGUUUUCUACAGAGAAAGAGAUUCGGAAUAGCGACCGGAAGAGAACCGAUUUCCUACCGAAUGAACUGUACAUCACGCCAUCUUCUGACGUAAAUCCGCUAGCCUCCAUCAAUGGCAGAGCCGUGGUAAUGUCCCAACGGAAGUUUCAACAGGAAUAUCCCAGUGGAAAGAUUCCCCGUAGCUCAGCAGUCUACAACAAGACCUUCAUCUGUAGGAGAGGAUGUAAUACGAGGACCGCGACCUAUACGGAGGAGUUCGUAUGGGAGGAUGUCUAUUCUGGUAGAGAAGGAGAUGUGGAAGAUCUGCUCGAAUUGGUACGAAGCGGAACGAGGUCAACAAGAAAGCGGCGCACUCGUGAUAUCUCUACCUUGGAAACAGAUUUUGUGGCUACUCAGCCAGAGGGAGACGAGGAUUACGCCUCUGAUAACGACGCAACUCGAGCUGUCACUACGCCGAGAAAGAAACAAAAGACAAAACAAGUCGUGACACCAUCUAGUCGGAGAGUCGUCGUGAAGAAGGCGUUGGAAUUCACUCCCCUUGCCACCCGUAUUCUUUCUCCAAGCCACCAUCAGUCUUCUCCUUUUCAGAUUGCAAGGGCUCAACUGCAUGUUGCAUCGGUACCCACUAGCUUACCGUGUAGAGAGUCCGAGUUUUCUCUAGUAUACUCUCACCUCGAGGCUGCUAUUACUGAUGGCUCUGGUGCUUGCAUAUAUAUAUCUGGUACACCAGGAACAGGGAAGACGGCUACGGUACGAGAGGUGGUAUCGAAGCUAGAUGAAGCAGUACGAUCCGAUGAGCUAGAUGACUUCAUAUUCGUUGAGAUCAAUGGUAUGAAGAUAACCGAUCCGCACCAGUCAUACUCCCUUCUCUGGGAAGCUCUGAAGGGACAGCGAGUUAGCCCGAGCCAGGCACUAGAUCUUCUUGAGAGAGAGUUCAACAAUCCGAGCCCUCGACGGAUUCCCUGUGUUGUCCUGAUGGAUGAACUCGACCAACUGGUUACGAAGAACCAAAGCGUCAUGUAUAAUUUCUUUAACUGGCCUGGGUUGAGACACUCGCGACUUAUUGUGCUUGCAGUGGCUAACACGAUGGACCUGCCGGAAAGAACACUUAGCAAUAAAAUUAGCAGUCGCCUGGGACUGACGCGCAUUACAUUCCCAGGCUAUAAUCACGAACAGCUCAUGAAGAUUAUCCAGUCGCGACUUGAGGGUGUUCCGGGAAACAUUGUCGAACCGGAUGCUGUCCAGUUCGCCAGCCGUAAAGUCGCUGCUGUGAGUGGUGAUGCACGGCGCGCUCUCGAUAUAUGUCGGCGAGCGGUAGAACUGGCUGAAGCUGAUGUUAAGGGCUCGGAACCUGACCCAGGAACCCCGAGUAAGCGGGCGAAGGCGAAGACGGGCGAAGCGGAUAAGUCAAAAAGUUCUAGGGGUAAGGUCACCAUAGCGACUGUAAAGCGAGCCAUUAACGAAGCGACAUCCAGUCCUCUACAGCAAUAUUUACGAGCACUACCGUUUGCUUCUAAGUUGAUCCUAGCGUCUCUCCUAGUGAGAAAUGAGCGGACGGGCUUGCCAGAUAGUACUUACGGCGACGUAAUGGAAGAGAUGAAUCGCGCUCUCGUACUAGACGCGGGAAGCCGUCGAGUUGGUCUACUAAGACAUUCGGUAGAUAAAGAUGCCAAGACGGAUAUAGGAACACGAAAGAAAGAGCAAGGGCUUCUUCACAGGCCGGCAGGAAUUAGUACGGCUGCCGUCGACCUCACAGGGGCUGGGAUUAUUAUCCUGGAAGGCCAGAGGGCCGAGCGACCAAGCAAGAUUAGGCUUGCUGUAGGCGAUGAAGAGAUCAAGCUUGCAUUUCGAGACGACCCUGAGAUUCGGGCGCUGGGUAUAGCAUUCUAA